AUGGAACGAAAGGUUCAAAAAGAGGUUGAUGACAAUGCAGAUGUUUUGAGAUGGUCGAUGCAAUCCCAGUUGUCCAACGGAGACAGUUUAAAGCUUGAUUAUGUGUCGGAGAUGUUUACUUACACUCACAUCAAUGUGCGUCAGAAUGAUUUGAACGAGCUUAAAGAGAUUUGGGAAGGAUGUGAAACAGCCGACCAAGAUAUGUUUUAUCAGUUGUAUGGUGAUAUACCUUACCUUCUCGAUGUUCCGAUCGAUCGAAAUCUGUUUAGGGCCCUGGCGCAGUUCUGGAAUCCCGGUUAUAGCUGUUUCACGUUUGGAAGAGUGGAUUUGACGUCAACAAUAGAAGAAUAUCGAGCUUUGAUCCGGUGUCCAAGAGCUCAAGUGGACAGAGUUUAUACCAAGCCCCCAGUCACUCCUUCGUUCAAAAAGAAAUUGCUAUUGAUCAUUGGAAUGAGCGAGGAUUGGGUUGUAAAAAAUAUUAAGAAGAAAAGAGACAGUGAAUGUUUUCCUUGGUCCGCUUUGAAGGAAAUAAUCAAUCGUCAUCCCGAUCAGAGAAAGAAGCUUGAUUUACUUGUUUUAGGGAUUUAUAGGCUCGUUAUCUUCCCGAAUGUGCUAGGGUACGUAGACGUAUUAGUUGUCGACCUGUUCGAAAGAUUAGACAAGCAUGUGGAUCCUGUUCCCGCCAUCCUAGCAGAGAUGUUUCGUUAUUUGAGUUCUUGCAGGCGAGAGGGAGAAGGACGCUUUAUAGGAUGUGCACCCCUACUACUAGUAUGGAUCCUCAAUCAUUUCAAACAUGUCAAAAGGGCACCGGGUCGAGUGUUUUUGGAUGGGUUUUCACCUUUGAAAGAUUUCCUUUCAAAAGAUUGGCCUAGAGGUUUUACUGAAGAAAAGUGGAUGGUCAUAUUCAGGGAUAUCCGAGACGGUGAUGUUUUAUGGCGAGCUUCUUGGAAUAUCACUUCAGAUAUACUUUACAAGUGUGGAGAGCGGGAUUGGGUGCCUUUGCUGGGAUCAGAUUUUGCAUUCAAGGGAGAUCAAUACAAGAGCAAAGUCAAAGGGGUUGCUGAAGCUUGGAAGCAGACUCAUCGUAUGAAUCUGUUCACAUAUGGUCUCGAACUAUCACAAGAGUACGAGCAGUGGAGAAACAAUCGAGUAAACGACAACAUUCCGAUGGCAAAUCCUGAAAACAUUCAACCCGUGGAAGAGCAUUUGAGGAUAGUGCCAUCUCCAUUAGAGCUAGCUAAGCGCGAUUUUGAGGCGGAAAGGAGACAAUGGAGAACUACUCUGCAAAAGCUAGAAGAUGAGCGAAUGGUGAAAGAUCAGACAUCUUCUAGUUCAAGCAAGUUAUCGGUUGAGUGGAGACAUGAAGUGGCAAGCUUGAAGAGGGCAGCCGGGGAGAGUCAGGAAGAGCUCAAGCAAAGCAGACACCAGGUAAGGAUUUUGUCGAAGGAAAAAAGUUGUUUAGAGCAGUAA